AUGACCGACACACCGCAAACGAUCGCGGGCCCCGAUUCCAAGGGAGCCGCGGUUCUUGAGCGGCACUUGGAUCCCGGGUAUGAGUAUACUUUUGAUCCUGCCACUCCAACAGCAGAAGGCGCCGGCAGUUCUUCAAACUCUGUCCGGGACACGCCAGAGUCGUCACUUAGGUUGCAGGGUGGUGAUAUUCACCGUGAUCUGUACAAAAUUGCUGCCAAGAGCAAGCGUCAGCAGUUGCACAAGCGAGCUGCAACAUUUUCCAACACCCACCAACAUGCGCCAUUAAUUGUCCCAGAUCUUGAGCAUGAUGACCUCCCUAUACAGGAGCAGAUGGCGCCGGGAGGCCUAAGGCGCCAGUUCUUGCAAAGGCAGGCCAGAAACGUCAGCAAUAUCGCGGAGCCGGUGACGAGGAACUUUAUAUCUUUCCUUGAGCUGUAUGGCAAUUUUGCCGGUGAAGAUCUCGAAGAGUCCGAUGAUGAGGACGAAGUUGCCGUUGUGGAAGAUGAGGAAGAGCAGGGCGAACGUCGACCGCUUCUUGGAAGAAGACAGAGCUCCAAGCGACUCAGACAGCAAGGUGAUGCUUCCAACAUGAAGUCGUUUUUCACUCUGCUGAAGGCUUUCGUUGGUACCGGUAUCAUGUUUCUGCCCAAGGCUUUCAAGAACGGCGGUAUGCUGUUCUCCGCAAUCACCCUGAUUGUUGUCUCUGCCGUUACCAUGAUAUGUUUCGAAAUGCUUCUCGCAUGCAGGACCAAGUAUGGAGGGGGUGGAUACGGAGAUCUUGGCCAGAUCAUUGUCGGCAAGAGGCUGCGUCAGCUCAUUCUCAUCUCGAUCACUCUCUCACAACUCGGCUUCGUCUGUGCAGGCCUCAUUUUUACCGCAGAGAAUCUGGCAUCCUUCUUUGACGCCGUCACACCCAACGCGAAGCCGCUCGGUACGAAUGCGCUUAUCGGCAUCCAACUAAUCAUUCUGAUACCCUUGGCCUUCAUCCGCAACAUCUCGAAGCUCGGCCCGGCUGCUCUUCUUGCAGAUGUCUUCAUCCUGAUUGGUCUUACCUACAUUUACUGGUAUGACAUCUCCUGGAUAAGUAAACAUGGAGGCUUCCAUCCCAGCAUUGAGCUCUUCAACCCUCGCGACUGGACCAUGACCAUCGGCUCUGCUAUUUUUACCUUUGAAGGCAUCGGCCUGAUCUUGCCAAUCCAGUCGAGCAUGAAGCAGCCUGAACACUUUAGCAAGCUGCUAUUGACUGUCAUGGUCAUCAUUACAGUCAUCUUCACUUCAGUCGGUGUGCUGUGCUACGGUACGUUUGGAGAGAACGUGUCCGUGGAAGUUAUCACCAACUUUCCACAAUCCAGCAAGCUCGUCAAUGCCGUUCAGUUCCUUUAUGCCAUGGCUGUCUUGGUGGGUACACCCGUGCAGCUCUUCCCGGCGAUGCGUACCAUCGAGCUCAAGAUCUUUGGUCGCGCCUCGGGCAGGAGGGACAGCCUCACCAAGUGGAAGAAGAACGGGUUCAGGACUGCGCUGGUAGUCUUUUCCGGUGUGGUUGCUGCUUUCGGCGCAAGCGAUCUUGACAAGUUCGUCGCUCUCAUUGGCAGUUUUGCUUGUGUGCCGCUGGUUUACAUCUACCCAGCUUACCUUCAUUACACGGGCGUUGCUGAGCGCCCGUGGGUCAAGGCCGGCGAUAUUGCCAUGAUGGUUGUAGGAUUGGUUGCGAUGGUGUACACCACGGUCAUUACCAUUGCCAGAUGGGCGGAGACGUGA